GUAAGCACCCUCCCAGCGUUCAGUGGGCGCGCGGGCGGCGGGCACCUUACUCUCUUACGCGGUGUACAGCGAACGGACACAGGCGGCUGGCCGCGGAGGCUGAGUCGGCCGGACGCGGACCAGGUAGAGAGACCGCAGGUGCAAACCCUCCCGGCAUGAAGACGCCUGCAGCCUGUGCAGGAGAUGCCCUGGACACAGCAGCCCCCUGCUCUGUGGUGAACUACCUGAGAUGGGACCUGAGUGCCCAACAAAUAGUGGAGCUCACGGCGGAGCUCAUGGAGCAGACCAAGCACGUGUAUGACCAGGUGGGCUCCCAGAAGUUUGAGGACGUGUCCUAUGAGAAUACACUCAAGGCACUGGCUGACGUGGAGGUGUCCUACACAGUUCAGCGGAAUAUCCUUGACUUCCCCCAGCACGUUUCUCCGUCCAAGGACAUUCGGGCAGCCAGCACAGAGGCGGACAAGAAGCUGUCUGAGUUCGAUGUGGAGAUGAGCAUGAGGCAGGACGUGUACCAGAGGAUCGUCUGGCUGCAGGAAAAAGUUCAGAAGGACUCUCUGAGGCCAGAGGCAGCGCGGUACCUGGAGCGACUGAUCAAACUAGGCCGGAGGAACGGGCUGCACCUGCCGGAGGAGACUCAGGAAAAAAUCAAAGGCAUCAAGAAGAAGCUGAGUCUCCUGUGCAUUGACUUCAAUAAGAACCUGAAUGAGGACACGACCUUCCUGCCCUUCACAAGAGAGGAGCUGGGAGGGCUUCCUGAAGACUUUUUGAACUCUCUGGAAAAGACUGAGGAUGGGAAAUUCAAAGUCACCCUCAAGUACCCUCACUAUUUUCCUCUCCUGAAGAAAUGCCAUGUACCUGAGACCAGAAGAAAGGUGGAGGAGGCCUUCAAUUGUCGAUGCAAGGAGGAGAACUGUGGCAUCCUCAGGGAGCUGGUGACCCUGCGGGCCCAGAAAUCCAGCCUGCUGGGCUUCAGCACGCAUGCCGACUACGUCCUGGAAAUGAACAUGGCCAAGACCAGCCAGGCGGUGGCCACUUUCCUAGAUGAACUGGCCCAGAAGCUGAAGCCCCUCGGAGAGCAGGAGCGGGCGGUGAUCCUAGAGCUGAAGAAGGCCGAGUGUGAGAAGCGGGGCCUAGACUUCGACGGGCGGAUCAACGCCUGGGACAUGCGCUACUACAUGAACCAGGUGGAGGAGACAUGCUACAGCGUGGACCAGAACCUGCUCAAGGAGUACUUCCCCAUGCAGGUGGUCACCAGGGGGCUGCUGGGCAUCUAUGAGGAGCUGCUGGGGUUGACCUUCGACUUGGAGGAGCAUGCCGCUGUGUGGCAUGAAGAUGUGAAGCUGUACUCAGUGAGGGACACUUCCUCAGGGACGGUCAUCGGGAAGUUCUACCUGGACCUUUACCCGAGGGAAGGCAAGUAUGGGCACGCAGCCUGCUUUGGCUUGCAGCCAGGCUGCCUGCGGCCGGACGGGAGCCGCCAGAUUGCCAUCGCGGCCAUGGUGGCCAACUUCACCAAGCCCACCCCGGACGCCCCCUCUCUGCUGCAGCAUGAUGAAGUGGAGACCUACUUCCACGAGUUUGGGCACGUGAUGCACCAGCUCUGCUCUCAGGCGGAGUUUGCCAUGUUCAGCGGGACGCAUGUGGAGCGCGACUUCGUGGAGGCGCCCUCCCAGAUGCUGGAGAACUGGGUGUGGGAGAAGGAGCCGCUGCUCAGGAUGUCGCAGCACUACAGGACGGGCAGCGCCAUCCCCCAGGAGCUGCUCGAGAAGCUCAUCAAGUCCCGGCAGGCCAACACAGGUCUCUUCAACCUGCGCCAGAUCGUCCUGGCCAAGGUGGACCAGGCCCUGCACACGCAGAAGGCUGCCGACCCAGCGGAGGAGUAUUCCCGCCUCUGCCAGCAGGUCCUCGGGGUCCCAGCCACGCCAGGAACCAACAUGCCUGCCACUUUCGGCCACCUGGCGGGAGGCUACGACGCACAGUAUUACGGCUACCUGUGGAGCGAGGUGUUCUCCAUGGACAUGUUCCACACGCGCUUCAAGCAGGAGGGCGUCCUCAAUGGCAAGGUUGGCUUGGACUACAGAAGCUGCAUCCUGAGACCCGGUGGCUCCCAGGAUGCCAGCGUCAUGCUGAAGCUCUUCCUGGGUCGGGACCCCAAGCAGGAUGCCUUCCUCCUGAGCAAAGGCCUGCAGGUGGAGGGCAGCGAGCUGCUGGCCUGUUGAUGCGCCCAGAGGUCCUGCCAGCCCUGGGUGGGGGCUCCAGCUCCCGCUGCCCUGGUGCCUUAGCUCCCAGUCUGGAAACAGGAUGGGAGACGCUGGUCUCCAGCUCAGCAUCCCAGGGAGGGUAGGGCAGGGUUAGGAGAGGGGCCAUUCUCCCUGGUCAUUUCUCAUAGCCAGUGUCCAUGACCUGCACUUGGUGGUCAGCGUGGGCUGAAGAGAGCUCGUCCUCAAGAAAUCUGGAAAGUGCUUGCAUCUGGUCAAGGCUUUCUCUUUGUUGCACUAAUACAGCCCCUGUCCCAGAAUUUGUCCUAGGUAAGGGGCUGGCUCUUUGCAAUUCAGCCAUUAAAAAAGGAAAAAGAGACGCUGGCCGGUUCUGAUGCCUGUCCCUUCGAAUAGCGGUGCAUCGGUGUCACAUUUAUGAUCGAGUUCUGGUGCUCCCAUUAAGCCCUGAAUUUGGUGAUUGGCACUCAGGCUGGGGACACAGGCAGUUGAAGGCUGCCCUCUCUGCACUGGAAUGUUCUGGUACAUUCUGGAUUGUGACCCGUGUGGGAAACUGCUGAGCUGUUGUAGGAACUGCAGCUGGGGGGGUAGGGAGCGUGGAGCUGGGGUGCCGGGGUUGCUCACACCAAGUGGUGUCUCCUGCCAGCCACUCACCUAACAUGGUUCUGGAAAAAACCCUUGUCCCCAUGCAGCCCUGGCAGACUCAGGGCUAGGGCUGCCCGCCUGAGCACAGCAGCCACUGCCCACAGCUGAGGGGGGCCACAGGUUUUGGGGGUCCCCAAGGGAGCUGGUGGGUUUGGGAGGUGAUGAAUUUUCUUGUAGGGCCUGCCUCCCCCCUACUUCACCUCUUUGCCCUGGGCCCCUGGUCCAGCCCAAGUGCCUGGCUGAAGGCCCCCUCCCAAGUAAGUACCCAGGGGUUCACACAGCCCCAGGCCCCCUUCCCCUGGCCUCCAUCUCCUGCCUCUAUGCAGACACAGAAGGACCCUGAGGUAAGGGCACAGAGUCUGCAUCAUGACCCCUUGCUCCAUGCAGACUCAUUUUCUGAGCCCCCAAAGGGCAGCAGAGAUCAUGGGCACAGGGCCCUGCUGGUGUCUUGUUCCCCCCAGCAGCCAGUACAGCUGAGGUCUCACCGAGAAUGCACGUGUCUCCCAGCCACUCUGUGGCCUGUAAAUGGCUGGUCGCUGAGACUACACUGAUGGCACCAAUUGCAGGGACGUGACCUGUGCCCAGAGCAGGAGUGCAGCUGUGGCCCAUUGCUCUGGGGCUGAGGGGGACCCUUCAGGGUUCUGAUGGCUUAGGAGGCAGCCCGGAGUAAGGAUCCCUGCCAAUCCAGGGUUCCAUUCCCCUCCCAUCCCCUGCUGCUGCGCCAUGAAGGAAAAAGGAAACUGGAAAAAUAAAAGUACUGAGCUUUUGUGUUUUGA